CCCCCUCUCGCUCCCCUCCCCCCGCCAUGAAGGACCGGACCCAGGAGCUCCGCAGCGCGAAGGACAGUGACGAUGAGGAGGAGGUCGUCCACGUCGACCGCGAUCACUUCAUGGACGAGUUCUUCGAGCAGGUGGAGGAGAUCCGGGGCUGCAUCGAGAAGCUGUCGGAGGACGUGGAGCAGGUGAAGAAGCAGCACAGCGCCAUCCUGGCCGCCCCCAACCCCGACGAGAAGACGAAGCAGGAGCUGGAGGACCUCACGGCCGACAUCAAGAAGACGGCGAACAAAGUGCGCUCCAAGUUGAAAGCCAUCGAGCAGAGCAUCGAGCAGGAGGAAGGUCUGAACCGCUCCUCGGCCGACCUACGCAUCCGGAAAACGCAGCACUCGACGCUGUCCCGCAAGUUCGUGGAGGUGAUGACAGAGUACAACGCCACCCAGUCCAAGUACCGCGACCGGUGCAAGGACAGGAUCCAGAGGCAGCUGGAGAUCACUGGCCGGACCACCACCAACGAAGAGCUGGAGGACAUGCUGGAGAGCGGGAAGUUGGCCAUCUUCACGGAUGACAUCAAAAUGGACUCGCAGAUGACCAAACAGGCCCUGAACGAGAUCGAGACGCGACACAACGAGAUCAUCAAGCUGGAAACGAGCAUCCGGGAGCUGCACGACAUGUUCGUGGACAUGGCGAUGCUGGUGGAGAGCCAGGGCGAGAUGAUCGACCGCAUCGAGUACAACGUGGAGCACUCGGUUGACUACGUGGAACGAGCCGUGUCAGACACCAAAAAAGCCGUAAAGUACCAGAGCAAAGCCCGGAGGAAGAAAAUUAUGAUCAUAAUUUGUUGCGUGGUGCUGGGGGUGGUCUUGGCCUCCUCCAUCGGGGGCACGUUGGGCUUGUAGGGCUCCCGGUGUGCCCCCGCGGCAGCAAUUAACGCCCCCCCCCCCCUUCCUCUUCCUCUUCCUCCCCACCCUUCCCACCCCGGUAACGAGAAUAACCACAUAAGCGAGAAUAAGAAUAAAUUAAGAGACAAUUGUUCAUGCGAACGGACAUAACAGCACGUGGUCCAAUCACCCACCGCCCCCCGCGGACCAGAGCGGUCCGGCCCGGCCCGGGGCUGGCAAAUCUAAGCGGUUCGUCGGCCUCCAUCCAUCCAUCCAUCCAUCCAUCCAUCCAUCCAUCCAUCCAUCGUCCCGUUCCCCGGACGCCUGGGUCCUCCUCACUUCUCCUCGUUCCUCGACCUCCCCGUCCCUCCCAAAACCUUCUUGCCACCACCAUCUCCCAUCCAUGCGCUGCGCUUGGGGGGGGUGGGGUGGGGAGGGGGAACACCUUGGGGGGGCAGGAGGUGGCCCG